AUUCUGAAGUAUGUGGAGUGCUUCACUGGACCUAAUAUUAUGGCCAUGCACACGAUGUUGAUAAACAAACCUCCAGAUGCUGGCAAGAAGACGUCCCGCCAUCCCCUGCACCAGGACCUGCACUAUUUCCCCUUCAGGCCCAGCAAUCUCAUCGUUUGCGCCUGGACGGCGAUGGAGCCCAUCGACCGGAACAACGGCUGUCUGGUUGUGCUCCCAGGCACCCAUAGGGGCUCCCUGAAGCCCCACGAUUACCCCAAGUGGGAGGUAGGUCUGCCUGUGGCUGAGUCUUGAUCUGUCUCCUUUGCGGUUUCUGUUUCACAUCAGUAUCCAA